GGAGUAUGCAGUAGUUAGAAGACAAAAAUAAGACAAGGUACUGCAUUCCGGUUAAACAAAUGAGGUAACCCGAAGUUGUUGCGAUAAUCCAUCCCUUUUCAGUUAAUCAUCAACUGACGGUGCUAAUUCUAUCUCAUCCUUCCCUUCUCUUUCACACACACUCUCCUUCCUCCUUUUUCUCUCAUCCUCUGUAAAGCCAUGUCAUGGCUAACCUCCAUCGCCAACUCUCUCAAGCUCGACGACUACGAAGAAGAAGAUGAUGCAACCACCACAAAUUCCAGAGAAAAUCAACCAUUUCGACCUCAAAACCCUAACAAUGGCGACGAUCAACAAAUCAACACUCGUAAUACAGACUCCGCCGAUUCAUCCUCGCCGUCCGAUCAUCAAACCACCACUCCUCGAGGCGUCAAAGACGAUCUCUCCGAGUUUUCCAAAACCCUAACUCGUCAACUUUGGGGCGUCGCCUCAUUUCUCGCUCCUCCUCCUCCUUCUCAGAUCUCUGAUCGCGAUCCGCAAAUUGAUGAUUACGAUCCCGAUACCGGUGAUCUUGCUGGAAUUACUGGGAUUCGUAACGAUUUGUCGGAGAUUGGCGGGAGAUUUCGGUCCGGAAUUUCGAAGUUAUCGACUAAUAAGGCGGUUUCUGAGUUUUCGAAGAUCGCUUCGAAUAUACUGCAGUUUGCUUCGGAGGAGGAUUUGUCGAUUGAGGAUUAUGCUAAGCGAGGCGUUGUUGGUGCGACUGAAGAGGUUGUUGCGUUUGCUAGGGAUGUUGCUAUGCAUCCUGAGACUUGGAUUGAUUUUCCUUUGCCUGAUGAUGAUGAAGAUGAAGAUUUUGACUUGUCAGAUGCUCAGCAAGAACAUGCAUUGGCUGUUGAACGUCUUGCACCUGAACUGGCUGCCCUUAGAACCGAACUUUGCUUGGGCUACAUGAAUGAAGGCUCUUUUUGGAAAAUCUAUUUUGUGCUCGUGCACCCUAGACUAAGCCGACAAGAUGCUGAAAUCUUGGCUACACCACAGAUUAUGAGAGCCAGAGCAAUGCUAACCCAAGAACUCCAUACCCCUGGUAAAUCAAGUUCAUAUGACUCCAAAAGUGGCAAGGAGUCUGUUAAUGCCACUGAGCUGUCACAUGAAGAGCAUCUAUCUGUUCCAGUUGCUGAUACGACUGAGUACAUCCCAGUUGAAAUAUCAGCUGUUGAUCCAGCCUCAUCUGCGGUAGAAGAUGUUGAAAUAGAUAAACAUCCGAUUACUAGCACUGAAAUUCCAGUUAUAGACAAGGCAGUUGUUGGUGAAGUUAAUAAAAAGACCAUAGACAGUGAGGAACCAACAUCCAACACCAACAAAAGUAAUGUUGAUGUUGCUGAGGAAGUUUCAAAGAAGCAAAUGGACAUCAAUAAGCCUACACCAGCUAUUUCCAAAAGCAUAGAUCAGAAAGAUGAAGAGGACGUUGAUGAUUGGCUGAAAGAAGAUAGUACUGAAGGAGGUUCAUUCAAGGGAACAUCCUAUCAAGUCGGAAACGACGAUGAUGUAUCAUUUAGUGACCUUGAGGAAGAUGAUGAUGUUCCCACAAGCUAUAAGAAAUCUGGGAAUGAAAAUUCUUUUGCUAAAGAAUCUAGUGAUUGGAUUCAGCUAAGCAGCCGAUCAUCUGAUUCUUCCAAGGAUAGUAAUGCAAAGAGUGUAAAUCGUUCUGGAUCAAACACCGCGAAUGCUCAUAAGAACAAGGAAUCUAAUGACUGGCUAGAUGUUGAAGAUAUUGAUGAUGCUUGAUGUCAGUUACAAUUCCAUAUUUUUAUGGGUACUGUACUAGUGUGUACUAUCCCUCCUUUUUAGUUGUCUGGUUUACUUGGUUUCCAUGACUGUCUUAUGUAAAUAUAAUGUAUUCUUAAUUCACGAAUUAGUUCUAAUGGAAUAAUUUUCAACAGCUGUAAGAAAUUGUCAAUAUGAAUGCCGCUUGUAUAUCAUAGCUCUCUCAGCCUGUCUCAUCUACAGUUAUUAUUAUCGAA